GUCCUCUACUCUACGUUUCAAUUGAGUCGUCAAUUCGAGUAGCUCAAGCAGUGAGUGGUAUUUUGGGCGUGAAAAUUUGCAUUUAAUUUUUAAUAAACCUACAAGUUUAAAUAUUAUACAAUUUUUGUAAUUUAUUGCUGAAAGAUGGGUACCAACGUCCUGCCGUUCCAGCUCCAGGCUGCCGACGCCGAGACCCACCUGGAUCACAGGUGCGCUUUGGAUAUCAACUCGAGGGCCUCUUUCGUGAGGCUGUCGGGGAUCAUUUGUACCAUCGGUCCCGCGUCCAGAGACCCGUCCGUCCUGGAAAAAAUGAUGGAGUGCGGCAUGAACGUGGCCCGUCUCAACUUCUCCCACGGCUCCCACGAAUACCACGGCGAAACCAUAAAGAACAUCAGGACCGCCGUGGAGGGUUACAGCAAGAAGAUCGGCAUGCCCUACCCCCUCGCCAUCGCCUUGGACACCAAGGGCCCCGAGAUCCGUACCGGAUUGUUGGAAGGGGGCGGCUCUGCCGAGGUGGAACUCAAGAAAGGCGAGCAGAUCAAGCUCACCACCGACAAGGCCUACGAGUCCAAGGGGACCAAGGAUAUCAUCUACGUUGACUACGACAAUAUUCUGAAAGUGGUCAAGGCGGGCGAUCGCAUCUUCGUCGACGACGGGCUCAUGUCGCUCAUCGUCAACAACAUCCAAGGGUCCGUCAUCACCUGCACCAUCGAGAACGGGGGUAUUCUCGGCAGUAGGAAAGGCUGUAAUCUUCCCGGAAUUCCAGUCGAUUUACCCGCGGUUUCCGAAAAGGACAAAUCCGACCUGCGGUUCGGCGUCGAACAGGGCGUCGACAUGAUUUUCGCCUCUUUCAUAAGAAACGGCGCCGCUUUGGGCGAAAUCAGGGGCAUCCUCGGCGACGAGGGGAAAAAGAUCCUGAUCAUUUCCAAGAUCGAGAACCAGCAAGGUAUGACCAACAUGGACGAGAUCAUCGAAGCCUCCGACGGCAUAAUGGUGGCCCGUGGCGAUUUGGGUAUCGAGAUCCCGACCGAGAAAGUAUUCCUCGCCCAGAAGUCCAUGAUCGCUCGUUGCAACAAGGCGGGCAAGCCCGUGAUCUGCGCCACCCAGAUGUUGGAGUCGAUGACCAAGAAGCCCAGGCCUACGCGUGCCGAGAGCUCCGACGUCGCCAACGCCAUCCUGGAUGGUGCCGACUGCGUGAUGUUGUCGGGAGAGACGGCCAAGGGAGACUACCCCCUGGAGUGCGUCUCCACCAUGGCUAACAUUUGCAAGGAGGCCGAGGCCGCCAUCUACCAGAAGGAGUUGUUCCUGGAUCUCUCAGAAACGGAGAAACCACCACUGGACGUUGCCAGGACCGUGGCCAUCUCCUCAGUGGAGGCGUCGGCCAAGAGCCUCGCAGCGGCGAUUAUCGUGAUCACCACCUCCGGUAGGUCCGCCCACCUCAUCUCCAAGUACAGGCCAAGGUGCCCCGUCAUCGCUGUAACCCGUAACGCGCAGACAGCACGUCAGAGUCACUUGUACAGAGCCAUUCUGCCGUUGUAUUACGAAGCCGAACGUUUGGGGGAUUGGUUGAAGGACGUCGACGCUAGGGUUAACGCCGGUAUUAAUUUCGGUAAGAUCAAGGGGUUCAUCAAGACCGGCGAUCCGGUCAUCGUGGUGACUGGAUGGAAGCAGGGAUCCGGCUUCACCAACACUAUGAGGAUCGUCAACGUUGAAUAAACAUCGCCCGUAGUCUCCAAUAUUUAGUAUAAGUUUGUCUUUAUUAUGAUCAGUGAAUAUUUCGAUGUAAGCGUAACUUUCUAUUUAUGAUAUUAAGUAAUUUAUUUGAAGCGAUUAUAACAUCAUGGUCUUGUCGAUAAAUGUAAGGAAAAGUAGUAUUAUACGUGCUAAAUAAAUAAAAUUAACUGAGGUUUA